UGCUGUCCUCACCACCCGGGAUAAGUCCUUCCUGUCCUGUGCUGUGCAACUGCCAUACCACACAGUCACACUGAGACACAGGAUGCUUUCAACUGCGGCCCGAUAAAAGUCCACAAGCAGCUGAGAAGACAGUCCAGUCCGUUUCAACUUCCUGAGAAAGAAGAGACGUGAAGUGGACUGAAGUCAGUGUGUCUUUCAUCACAAACUCAGUCAGACUUCGAGCUGGUUUGGGUUAAUCCCGGAGGACGGACGGAUGGAGCGACACCACCUGUUGGGACUACAACUUCCGGAACACGUUGUGGUGCUUCCGCCCAGCGUCUUCCAGUCCAGUUUGGACCCGCUGUCGCCGCUUCGCUUCACGGUUUCCCCCUCUGAGAAGAGGACAGCUCAGUGAAAGGUGAGCCGAGACUUUUGUCUGACGGCAAAACAGGAAAUCACGUCAGUCUGUCGUCCAAAAUGAACUCAUGUUAGCAUGCUAAUGAGAAAGCUGCCGUGUCUCCAUGGCAACGGGCUGCUUCCGCCGGGACUCGACCCUGAAAACUGUUUGGUAUGUGAGCCUAUAGGGACAACAGAUCAACAACACACACGCUCGAACUGUUUCCUGUCCAGCGCCUGCUGUGGAGGAGUACUCUGUUCUGUGUACUGCAGUACGGCCAGGGACGACUUCGAGGAAACAGGAGUCAGUCAGCUGAUCUGAGGUCAGACAGGACGGGACAACACUGCAUACUGAGCACCUGCGCGUCCUCCAGGUGUGAUGGAUGACUACGAGGUGAUCUGUCAGAUCGGAGAGGGCUCGUUCGGUCAGGCCUUCCUGGUUCGGCACAGAACAGAUGGAGCCAAACGGCGUGUGGUCAAGCAGAUCAGCCUCAGGAAGAUGUCAGCGAGGGAAAAGGAAGCAUCCAAGAAUGAAGUGACGCUGCUGUCCAAGAUGAAACACCCCAACAUCGUCACCUUCAUCACAUCUUUCCAAGAGGGUUUCAGCCUGUACAUAGUGAUGGAGUACUGUGACGGAGGAGAUCUGCUGAAGAAGAUCAAACAGCAGAGAGGAGUCCCCUUCACUGAGGAGCAGAUCCUUGACUGGUUUGUUCAGAUCUGUAUGGGACUCAAAUACAUCCAUGACAGGAAGAUCCUGCACAGAGACAUCAAAACUCAGAAUAUCUUCCUCACCAACGGAGGGAUGAAAGCAAAGCUGGGGGACUUUGGAAUCGCAAGAAUGUUGAAGAACACCACGGAGCUGGCCAGGACUCGUGUCGGGACGCCGUACUACCUCUCCCCUGAGAUCUGUGACAACCGGCCCUACAACAACAAGACGGACGUCUGGUCUCUGGGCUGCGUCCUGUAUGAACUCUGCACCCUGAGGCAUCCAUUUGAGGGCAGCAGUCUGCUGCAGCUGGUCAGGAAAAUCUGCAGAGGGCGCUACAGCCAACUACCCAACCGCUACAGCCGAGAGCUCCACCAGCUGGUUGCCCAGCUCUUCAAGGUCAACCCCCGCGACCGUCCUUCAGUCAGCUCUGUGCUCAGGCGGCCUCACCUGGAGAAGCACAUCAGCAGACACCUGGACCCACAGGUGGAGUUCAGCCACACGACGUUGUGUGGAGACAAGGCAGGAGCAGAGAGGAGACAGACGUCCAGACCUCCAGAGAGACCCGAGACUGCUGUCAAGACACGUCCUGCUAAAGCAGCACCUGCUCCUGCUGCUCCUGCUGCUCCUGCUGCUCCUGCUGCUCCUCAGGCGGGAGGUGAAGCCCACCCUGUGCAGCCGUUCCAGCUUGUGGCUGCAGCUCGUCAUGAAUACCUGCAGAGGAGACACGAGGCCAACCAGUACAAGCUGAGAGCAGAGAAACAGCUGGGUCUGCGUCCGUGUACAGCUGAGACAAACAGGAAACAGGAAGUGGGACGCCCUGAACACCAGCAUGCACCUCUGCACAGGAGGAAGGAGGGACAGCAGGACUACCUGCGUCAGCUGGAGGUCAUCAGACAGCAGUAUCAGCAGGAAAUGAGGCAGAGGAGGCUGAGAGCUGAAGCAGAGGUCCAGUCCCCGUCCUCCGGUCUGAAGGGGCCCACUGGGACCCCGAGACGCUCCUGCCAGUCUCCUACUCAACACAAACACAGAACGUUUGUGGUGGAGGAGCCCAGAGAGCAGCAGCGAGCCCCACCUGCACAGGACGCUGCUCGCGCGCUGAUCAGAGACCAGAGGAGGGCGCUGCAGACAAGACCCAAGAAGGGAAUCAUGUUUGAAAUCCGGUUAGACGACGGAGGGACGAUGGAGGACACGGAGGAGGAGAAAGAGGAGAGGAGAGAGGAGGAGGAAGUGGACCCUCUGAACCAGACUCUGAGCUUCCAGGAGGGAGAGGAGUUGAAGCUCAGUGAUUGGUCAGAGGCGAGGAGGGGGUGGAGCCAAAGGACUCCUCAGACUCUGCUAGAUGCACUCGCCAAAAUGGACGUCAACUCCAUCUACAACACCGCGGUCGAGGGAGAUGAAGGUCGCAGGCAGUGGGUGGACGGCCCCCCCUACACCCUGCUGGAGGCUCUCGCUCAGGCUGGACUCAGAUCAUCGACCGUGGCUGCAGAGUCAGAGACAGGCCGAGUGGAGGUGGAGGAGGAGCAGGAGGAGGUGGAGGAGGAGCAGCAGGAAGAGGAGGUGGAGGAGGAGCAGCAGCAGGAGGAGGCGGAGCAGCAGGAGCAGGAGGACUCUGAUGUGGAGGUGGAUGAAGAGCGUCUGGAGCCGCGGUCAGACGAUGACGACACGAACUUUGAGGACUCGGAGGACGAGCUGAGAGGGGCGGUCGCAGACUCCAUGAAGAACCUGUUUGUCCCGGAGGACAGCAGUCCGGAGGUGAUGCAGACGGCCAGCACACCCAGCCAGAGUCCAGUCCAGUGCCAGCCGUAUCAGACUGACAUGAAGGUCGGACCCUAAUGAAUCCACAACACGCCUGGAGGGGCGGAGCCUCCAUAAGCAACCCCCCCACCACCACCACCACCACCCAGGUGACACUCAGGCCGGGUGGGCUUCACGGCUGGUUUCUGUGUGUGUGUGUUUGUGUACAGUUUUAAUGAAUGUUUGUAAAGACUGAUUUUGAUUUCAUGAACGAAUCUGUUUGUUCUGUUGGUGUGUUUGCUGUUCAGGUGCUGCAGUGUUAACUGAAUCACCAUCGAGUCUGCUGAUCCAUAAAUCAGCUCGAGUCAUUUUUUAGGAAAAAAGUCCAUUUUGUUUUCUUUGUUCCUCAGUGACGGCAAACUGACAACACGACACGUCUGUGGACGUCAGGAUUUAAUAGAUCAGUCAGUCAGUCAAUCAAUCAAUCAGGGAAAUAAUCGACACUGAAGAGAAUCAUCACUUGAGUCUGUCAGGAAACAAAGUCAGCAUGGUUCCUCUUUCAGAAUAAAGGUUUUUUAACUCUCACGAUUUUAUUUCUGUAAACAGGAAGUGAAAGAACAUUUAAAUAAGAGAGAUUUGGUCACCACAUGUGAAAAGUGACUAAAACCAAAGCUAUGAUGAAAAUCACCUCACUUUUAACUGAAUGUGACUCGUGGACGUCGCCGUUGUCAUGGUGAACUCAAGCUGAGCUCUCAGUCAUUUUUGUAACGUUCACUUGUAUCCGUCACUGCCUAGUGAUCAGCAGGUGGAGACAGGUGGAGAGGCUCCGCCCACUGCAAAACGAGCCUGGUGUUGUUAAAGAUGCUCCACUCUGUGGUACAAAGUAUCCACAUGUUUUAUGUUACAGUCUCAUUCCAAAAUGGAUUAAAUUCAUUUUCCCCUCAAAAUUCUGCACAAAACACCUCAUAAUGACAAAGUGAAACAAGUUUGCUUGAAUUUUUUGCAAAUUUAUUAAAAAUAAAAAAACACAAAUGUAACAUGUGCAUAAGUAUUCACACUCUGUGAUCAAUACUUUGUUACAGCCUCGAGCCUGCCUGAGUCUGAUCCUUUAAGCUUGGCACACUUAUGUUUGAGCAGUUUCUCCCACUCUUCAGUGCAGGAGCUCAGGUGGGCUUUAAUGAGGUGCACUGAUGCAUUUUACUGAGGAGAGGCCAUUCAGGCCUGACUGCUGGAUUUAUCUGCAGCAGACAUGGUUGUCCUUCUUGAAGGUUCUUCCCCCUCCACAGAGCAAAGCUGGAGCUCUGUCACAGUGACCAUUGGGUUGUUGGUCACCUCCCUGACUGAGGCCCUUCCACCCCGAUCACUCAGUUAGCUUGUUCCACUUAUGGAUUAUGGAGGCCACUGUGCUCUUAAUGCAGCAGAGGUCUUUCUGUACCUGGACACAAUCCUGUCUCAGAGGUCUGCAGACGAUUCCUUUGACUUCAUGGUUCUGACGUGCUGUCAACUGUGAGGG